UUUACAUUCUAGAGUUUAGAAAGGCAUUCAAAUUCUCGGGUAUAUCUCUACGCGGGGUUGAGUUGUUCGUUCAUUUCUGUUCGUUAUUUCUAAAUUUACAUAGGUGAAAGCGCAAGCUCCCCACUUGCAAAAUUUAAUAUAAAAAUCAAAGCCAACGAUAGUGUAAACAGUCAUAAAAUAAUGAUAUUACCAAGCAAUAAAAAUCAGUGCGGGAGAAUUUUACUAGAAGUGGAACUUUUGAGUCAUCCCGACAUGGAAUUAUCAGUUUAAGCUCUCCGAUAAGCCUGUACAUCCAUAUGAUGGUGAUAUAAACGAAUUUAGUUAACGCGUUUACGCAUAUAAUUACAUAGUUGAUAUUUCGCGUAUUGUUACCUUUGUCACGUUCCAACAAUUGUAAAAAUGCCAUAAUUGUUUGGGUAUAGUGAAUGAAAAUGAGUGUUGACGGAGUUAGCCCGAGGAUAUACGCCGAUUUAUCUGUGUUCAACGCAACCGGGUUAAAAGGCGCAGAAGUGGAAUUGGAAUUGCAUGAGAUUCUUAUGCCUAUUCUUGGAAUGCUGAUAAUAAUUAUAAAUUUGAUUGUACUUGUGUCGAGCGGAUUAUUCUUACACAGAGGUCAGCAACCGCGGACUACAUAUUUGUUUUUAGGAAAUAUCGCGUUGGCAGACGUUGUUAUUGGAAUAUCCUUACUUUUUGGACAAUGGUAUCCGCGGAAAUAUCGCACCGAUAUGGUCUGCGCAAUCGAGAUUGGAAUGCUGGUUUCAGCGAAUCUUACCUCAGUGUACAGUAUUGGACUGAUAGCAAUUGACCGAUUUUUAUACAUUUUAUCUGGGCUUAGAUAUCAAAAAUAUAUUUAUCCCACUCGAGCAAGGAUCAUGAUUUUUGUCGCCUGGGCCACAGGCAUCCUUGUUGGCUUCAUUCCGGCAAUGGGCUACCGAAGCGACACAGACAAUGGAAAAAUGUGCUGGUUUAUUUUAAUAGAACCGCCACCUCUGAUAUUGAUGACCACCACGUUUGGGUCGGUUCCAUUAAUACUAACCGUCAUCCUAUAUAGUAUUAUCCUAUACCACGCACUAAAGAAAACCGCCCAAUUGAAAUCAGCAGCCCAUAACGUUCACGGUACGAGUUCCGGAAACUUAAGGAUCUUUCGUGGCGGUAUACACUCAAGCACACCAUCAGAACGGAGCAGCCAUGAGGCAGCGCCGAUAGCUACUCAAACACCGAUGUCAGAAUCUGAAGAUAGUGGAUGUUGCGUCAUGUGUAGAAGGAACCGAACACAGAGGCCCACGCCUCCCAUUUACAAUCCUAGUAAAUGGAAAGCCAUAAAAAUUGUGCUUUUCACAACUGGAGCAUUCUCAGUUACUUGGCUCCCAUACUUCAUAGCCUCAGCAAUCUACGCGUUCUCGACAUCACCGAAAAAUUCGAAGUUUAGGGAACAAUUGCAGAUUGCAAUAGCAAGUCCUCUUGCAAUUCUUGGCGUGACGAACAGCCUACUAAACCCCAUAGUAUAUGCUUGGUGGCAUCCGGGAUUCCGGAAUUCAUUCAAAAAACUUUGGAGGAAAUGCCGUGGACAAAGUUACAGUCCAAGGAAUAGUCGCAGUCCAAGUAAUUCUCGUGGUCAUGCUCACCAACGGAUACAUAUUCGGGAUAGUGAAGAACCAAAUCCCCCAGAAGCAACUCCAAUCAUGAACUCCCGACCGCCUAGCCGAACACAUAGCAAUGGACGCAGUAGUGGAAUUGGUAGACAGACAAGGCAGAAGGUUGAUCCCACUAUCGCUCGAGUAAUGGAAACCGAAAGCUGAUUUUUCGAUUUUACGUUUUUCUAUUAUGUGUAUCUCUUUCUACCUCUGGAUUAUCGGAAGAUACUUUUUUAUUAGAGAACCUACAAGAAAAUUGUUUAAUAAAGAGUGACGCAUGUUAUAUGCAAAUUAACUUUGUUGGGAAAGUUAAAGAGUUUAGCGUACAUAACACGUAUGGAAUGCCAUGACAUUGAGGCCAAUAAAAAUGUCCCAAAGAAACUGUCCAAUUUUAAUACUAAAUUUCGAAAUAAAUCUUACAUUUAAAGAUAUU